AUGUCUACAUCUGAUCUCCCUAUUGGUCCCCCGUCCGGGACAUUCUUGAUCAAGAAUGUCGCCUUCCCCACCCAGUUCAUGGACGUUCCAGGAGAUACUUCUACUCCUGGAAACAAAGUGUGCGGACUUCACAACGAUGGGACGCUGGCGCAAUAUUGGACUGUCACCAAAGAGGGCGACGCGUACACUCUUACCUGCGCCGGGACCUCCACAAAUCUUGAUGCUCCGGACGCCUCGAUUGGUCAGGCAGUUGUCACGGACAACAAUCUACAGACCUUCAAGAUAUAUGGCGCCAAUGGCAAAUACCAGAUUCUUCUGACGGACAGCGACCUGGCGGUCAGCCUCCCUAAUGGGAAUGACUGGACCGAUCUUGUGCUCGCCACCAGUAUCGCGUCGAACGAGCAGCAGCUCUGGUACUUCGAACCUCAAUCGGACCGGACUAAUGUCAUCAGCGGCAUCGUGGAGUAUAAGAAGACUUAUAACUACCACAAGGACAAUCAACCCUGA